AUGACACCAACAUUCAGGCAAUAUCAUCUUCCGGAGCGGAAAGGAUUUGCAUGUCUCGCAAUCAAUGAUGUGCCCAAGCGUCGGCCGCAAUACGGCCAGAUUCUGAUCCGACUCAAGGCUGUUUCGUUGACCUGGAGGGACUGUGCAAUUGCAAAGGGAAUAUACGCUUACCCGGGUGAAUCCUGCGAGUUUCCUGGAAGUGAUGGAGCAGGAACCAUCGAGGAAAUCGGCGAAGGUGUAACAGAGUGGAAAGCUGGCGAUCGGGUGGUGACCACAUUCAUUCAAGACCAUCUUUCAGGGAAGCUGAGUGCGGAAGCUGUGAAGUCGUGUCUUGCAGGCGGCAGACCUGGCAUAUUGGGUGAAUAUGUUAUUCUUCCUGAGGCGGGUGUCGUAAAAAUUCCAGACUACCUUUCUUUCGAAGAAGCAUCCUGUCUUCCGUGCAGUGCAGUCACAGCUUGGAACGCAUUGUACGGAGCGGUGCCUGUUCAACCAGGAGAUGUUGUUGUUUUACAAGGGACAGGAGGAGUGGCCACAUUUGGGCUUCAAAUCGCUCGUGCUGCGGGUGCGGUGACCAUUGUCACAUCUUCUUCGGAUGAAAAAUUGGCCAAAGCAAGAGAGCUGGGGGCGGUACAUGUCAUAAAUUACCGCACAUCUGAUUGGGCGAAGGAGGUGAAAGUACUAACGCAGGGUCAUGGAGCAGAUCAUAUUCUUGAAGUCGGAGGAAUUGCGACUCUGCCCCAGUCUUUCAAGGCAGUCGCUUGGAGUGGGAUUAUUCAUUCCAUUGGACACAUCACGAAUAUGAUUGAUGAUGACGAGCAGGAAAAGCCAAGUGACGCAACAUUCAUGACCAUUGAUCAGCCAUACAUGCUUCGCCGAAUCAUUGUCGGGUCGCGAGAACAAUUUCAUGACUUGAUAGAUUGCUUUGCCGCCAACUCCAUUCGUCCAGUGAUCAACAAGGUUUUUGACUUCGGAGAUGCGAAAGAGGCCUAUGAGUAUCUGUGGAGCUCAUCCCAUGUGGGCAAAGUUGUUAUUUGCAUUCCACAGUGA